UCGCGCCCGCGGCUGCCCCGCGCUCGCCCCGCGCGCCGGGCAUGUGAGCGCGGGCGGCGCCGCCACCAUGGCCUCGCUGCGCGCCUCGCGGUGGCCGCCGCCGCCGCUCCUGCUGCUGCUGCUGCUGCUGCUACCGACGAUGGUCCCCGGCGGGACGCGGGGCCAGCCGGCCAGCCCCGUGCCUGGCACGCCCCUGACCGGCGCCUGGAUGCCUCAGACCCCCGAGGGCGGCCCUGAGUGGGGGCCAGAGCAUCGUGACGGGCCCACGCCCCCAGACCCCAGGCAAACUGCCCCGGGGCUGGGCGCCCCAACACGGCGGGGACACCCGGGUCUGGUCCCCCGAGGCCGGAGCACGGCAACUGUAAGGAACCCCUGGCAGUCAAGCAGUACCGAACCCCAGCUAGAGAACCUUGCUGCUUCUCCGACGCAAGAGGACUUUGCAACAGUGGCUUCCAGGGAGGGGAUGAUGGGCCAGACCUCCAGACAGAGCCAGGCAGCUGCUUCCAGAGCACCUGAGAUCCUCACUCUUCUAACUGGAGCAGCAGAUGCUGAGGCAAGGACCGGCUCUUCCAGUGCAGCAGAUUUCCCCACUUCUCCCGUGGGACACCUGCCUGACUCAGCAACAGCUCUGACAUCACAGAGUAGCACCUUCGCUUCGAAGGGGCUUUCCCUGCCGGCCAGCAGUGGUGGCAGCUCCGGGUCGGAAGGAAGCCUCGCCCCUUCUCGCCUGGAGAGCGGAACCUCGCAGGGUUCCACAGAGAGGGAGGGACGGCUCCCAGAAGCUGCCACUGUGCACAUCCCAGUGGCUGCUUCGGGGGUUUCCAGCCAGUCCUCCAGAGAAGGGACCGCACCCUCCCGACAGAGACCCUCCUCCUCGGGAGGCGAGCUUUUCCUGCCUUUCUCCUGGACGCGAGCUUCCUCCCCUCCGUCGGACCUUCCCCCAGUUUCUGGAAGUGUGAAGGAGCUUAGCCACUCCUCUGCUGCCGAGAGCCCCGUGGUCAGUGAGACUAAGCGAAUGCAUGCCGCUGCCGCCACGUUCACCGACGGCGUCCCGAGGAUGCUCCGGUCUUUAACUGUCAGUCUGCAGCCUGCCAAUGAGACAGAAAGUUUCUCUGAAGACUCUAAAACUGCCACGAGUUCAACUUCACCUUCUGUGGAGGAGUCGAGAAGAAACAGCAGCCUAAGCAGGAGUCCGGGAGGCGGAGAAUUCACUGAGCCAUCAACAGAGGGUGAAUUUGGACACACGUCUUUAUACUGGCAGAGUGAUUCCCCGACAUUUGGAGGGCAGCGACCUGCCAGCAGCCCCGAGGUCACAAAUGGAAGCUCCACAUCUCAGACAGAGACUGUGUCUAGGUCAGUCCCCUCCAUCAGCGGUGGAGUCAGCACAGCGCACUGGUUCUUGACCAGCAGCAAGACAUCUGCAGAUGCGGCCGGAAGGUCGGCUUCCUAUCCUGAAAUCAGGAACGCUUCGGUUUUGACCCAGUUUUUGGACUCCACUGCACGGUCCGGAGGAAGUAGCACAGUACUGGGGGAAAAAAGAUUCUCAGAGUCUUUGUCUACAUCUUCCACAGAAAGCCUGGACUCCUCAGCAGCGCGUGGUGAACGCUCGAUCACUGGGUUGAGCUACAGUCAAGCAGGUGGCACAGAUAGUGAACAAAGGACUUCCAGUGACCACACCUACGUUUCCUCGACAUUCACCAAAGGAGAGCGGACAUUACUGUCCAUUACAGAUCAGGGUUCAUCCUCGGACGUCCAGGAAAGCUCGACCUCUUACACCAAGAUCUCCAACUCAUCACAUGUAGACUAUCCUUCCCCUUCUCAUGCUCAGACUGGAAGAAAUAUCAUCUCAUCCUAUCAUGGGGAGUACGCUCGGCAUUCCACUGAGUCCCUGGUUCUGCGUACAUCUGACCUUCCGUCUUACACAUCCACCUUGAGUGUGCCGAACACUUUGUUUUUUCUGGAUACCAAUGCUCAGUCUGUUAGUGAUUCCUCUUCUUCCUCUGCAGGGCUCCCUCUGUCUCCACCCUCAGUGUCACAGUCCCAUCAGAUGUUCUUACCAACUGUACCAUCAACAGGGGCCUCGGUGUACCCACUGAGGUCCACUUCGGAGGCAUCUGGCCCCCUCUCUCCUUCCCCAUCACCUUCGUCAGUAUCCCUCAUGGCAUCUAGCCUUGCCCCACUUUCUGUCUCACAAACAGCCUUACCAUAUUCACCUUCCACCCCAGUCCUUCCCAGGGUCAGGGAGACAUCUGUGGCCUCAGUUCAGACAUCCACAGGGACAUCAUCCAUGGCUGUGCUCUACAGUAGUCAAACAGCAGACCCUGGAAACCAGAGUAUCCCAUACCAAGAGCAUAUCAGCACACAACCAAAAUCACCAAGCCUUGUGCCUCUGCCCACCGAGCCCACCAAAACUGUGAAAAUAGGUUCUCCUUCAGGGUCCCCUUUGCCUACAGCCUUACCAGAGUCCCCCACCAAGCCAACCGUUCCAGCCACAAGCACAGUCAUGGCUCAGACAUCUCCAGAUUUGACAACUGCUGCUCUUGGGACCUCUCAUGCUCCCGCCUCCAGUAUGCUGCCUAGCACAGCAGUUCUGAUGACUGGCCCUGUGGCUGCACAGACAACAGCUGGAAAACAGCUCUCCCCAACCCAUCCUGAAAUGCUGGGGCCACGUAUUCCAACAGAAGGUGCCACCACCACGAAAAGAAACCAGGUGCAUGUCGAUGCUACCACCCAGUGGACCCCUCUGACCAGUGCACCUACAUCAGCACAAGAGUUGACCACGAGCCUUGGUGUGAUGGAAGAGAACACAGCAUCACAAUUCUUCAAAACAUCUACUCCCCAAACUACAGAUACCUCUACAGCUGAAACAUUGGCCCCUAAACCUUUCACCUCUGUUGUUGAGAGCAGCACUCAGUCACCACCGAUAGUAUCCUCUCCAGCCUCAGUCGACAGGUGCGCCCCAAACCCUUGUCUUCAUGGUGGCAAGUGCAUCAUGGAGUCCUCAAGCCGUGGCUAUCGAUGUGUGUGCUUGCCUUCCUGGCAAGGGAAUAACUGCAGUGUGGACGUGAAUGAAUGCCUCUUGAACCCCUGCCCACCCCUGGCCACGUGCAACAAUACUCAGGGAUCUUAUAUCUGCAAAUGCCCAGUUGGGUACCAGUUGGAAAAAGGAAUAUGUAACUUGGUUAGAACCUUCGUGACCGAGUUUAAAUUAAAGAAAAUUUUUCUCAAUACUACUGGGGAAAAGCAUCCAGACCUGCCUGAAGUUCAGAAUGAGAUCACCAAAACGUUAAAUAUGUGUUUUUCACUGUUACCUGGGUACAUACGAUCCACAGUUCACGCAUCUCGGGAAUCCAGUGUGGUGGCAGUCUCCUUGCAAACCACCUUUUCCUUGGCUUCCAACGUGACCCUGUUUGACCUUGCCGAUGGGAUACAGAGAUACGUCAACUCCUGCAGGUCCUCUGCUGAGAUCUGCCAGCUCCUGGGGUCUCAAAGGCGGAUCUUUAGAGCCGGCAGCUUGUGCAAGCGGAAGAGUCCAGAAUGUGACAAGGAGACUUCCAUCUGCACGGACCUGGACGGCGUUGCACUGUGCCAGUGCAAGUCAGGCUACUUCCAGUUCAACAAGAUGGAUCACUCCUGCCGAGCCUGUGAAGAUGGAUACAGGCUUGAAAAUGAAACCUGCAUGAGUUGCCCGUUCGGCCUCGGAGGUCUCAACUGUGGAAACCCCUAUCAGCUCAUCACCGUGGUCAUCGCAGCAGCAGGAGGAGGGUUGCUGCUUAUUCUGGGCAUUGCACUGAUCGUUACCUGUUGCAGAAAGAACAAAAAUGACAUCAGCAAGCUCAUCUUCAAGAGCGGGGAUUUCCAAAUGUCCCCGUAUGCCGAGUACCCCAAGAAUCCUCGCUCACAAGAGUGGGGUCGAGAAGCUAUUGAAAUGCAUGAAAACGGAAGUACCAAAAACCUCCUGCAGAUGACGGAUGUAUACUACUCGCCCACAAGUGUAAGGAAUCCUGAACUUGAACGAAAUGGACUCUACCCUGCCUACACUGGAUUGCCCGGAUCACGGCAUUCGUGCAUAUUCCCUGGACAGUACAACCCAUCUUUCAUCAGCGAUGAGAGCAGAAGAAGAGACUACUUUUAAAUCCAAGAGAGAUUGGGGGACUCACUGCUCUGAGCCACCUGCCUGGGACCUCAAGGGGCUCAGGAGCAAGCGUCCCAUGUUGGCUGCUCCCAGGACUUACUGGGACCACCCAGGAGGGGCAAGCAGAGUGACAAGUGUGAGGGAUGUGAGCGCAGUAGGAGAAACUGCAGGCUGCUCAUCCGGCACCUGUGCUGUUACUGUGAACAUGGACGUGGGCCGGU